GCCGCCCGCGCCUGCCUGCCCGCGCGUCCUCCUGACAGCUGCGGCGGCGGCGGUGAUGCAAAGGAGGAGGCUGCUGCCGGCGGCGGUGGCGACGGUGGCGACGGUGGCGGUCGGCGCCCGGGUGUGAUGCGAGCGUCAUGGUGGGGAUGCUGGCUUCGCGGCGGUGACGGGGAGCGAGCCAGGGGCAGAGGACAGACUAAUUCGGAUCUGGCUGCUGUGUGGGCUCGGAUCUCUCUCUCUCUCCUGUCUCUAUCGCUUUCCCCCCUGUAUUUUGUUCUUGGUUUGCAUAUUUAAAACCUCUGGACCCCUCCAUCCGCUCCCCCACCACCGAAGUCUUCCCGUCUCUAAAUGGAAUUAGUGGAGCUCGGAGCCUCUGGUGUAACGCACAGACAUGAUCCAUGGACGCAGUCUGUUUCACAUUGUAGCAAGUUUAAUCAUCCUCCAUUUCUCUGGGGCAACCAAGAAAGGAACAGAGAAGCAAACCACUUCAGAAACACAGAAAUCAGUGCAGUGUGGAACGUGGACAAAACAUGCAAAUGGAGGUAUCUUUACCUCUCCCAACUAUCCUAGCAAGUACCCCCCUGACCAAGAGUGCAUCUACAUCAUAGAAGCUGCCCCAAGACAGUGCAUUGAACUUUACUUUGAUGAAAAAUAUUCUAUUGAACCGUCUUGGGAAUGCAAAUUUGAUCAUAUUGAAGUUCGAGAUGGACCUUUUGGCUUUUCUCCAAUAAUUGGACGUUUUUGUGGACAACAAAAUCCACCUGUAAUAAAAUCCAGUGGAAGAUUUCUGUGGAUUAAAUUUUUUGCUGAUGGAGAACUGGAGUCUAUGGGAUUUUCAGCUCGUUACAACUUCACACCUGAUCCUGACUUUAAGGACCUUGGAGUUUUGAAACCAUUACCAGCAUGUGAGUUUGAGAUGGGUGGCCCAGAAGGAAUUGUGGAGUCCGUACAAAUUUUGAAGGAAGGCAAAGCCUCUGCCAGUGAGGCUGUGGAUUGCAAGUGGUACAUCCGAGCCCCUCCACGGUCCAAGAUAUACUUACGAUUCUUGGACUAUGAGAUGCAGAAUUCCAAUGAAUGCAAAAGGAAUUUUGUGGCUGUGUAUGAUGGAAGCAGUUCUGUGGAAGAUUUGAAAGCUAAGUUCUGUAGCACUGUGGCUAAUGAUGUGAUGCUCCGCACAGGUCUUGGGGUGAUCCGCAUGUGGGCAGACGAGGGCAGUCGAAACAGCCGAUUUCAGAUGCUCUUCACAUCCUUUCAAGAACCUCCUUGUGAAGGCAAUACAUUCUUCUGCCAUAGUAACAUGUGUAUUAAUAAUACAUUGGUCUGCAAUGGACUCCAGAACUGUGUAUAUCCUUGGGAUGAAAAUCAUUGUAAAGAAAAGAGGAAAACCAGCCUGCUGGACCAGCUGACCAACACCAGUGGGACUGUAAUUGGCGUGACUUCCUGCAUUGUGAUCAUCCUUAUUAUCAUUUCUGUCAUUGUACAGAUCAAACAGCCUCGUAAAAAAUACGUCCAAAGGAAAUCAGACUUUGACCAGACAGUUUUCCAGGAGGUGUUUGAGCCUCCUCACUAUGAGUUAUGUACUCUCAGAGGGACAGGAGCAACAGCUGACUUUGCAGAUGUGGCAGAUGACUUUGAAAAUUACCACAAACUGCGGAGGUCAUCUUCCAAAUGCAUUCAUGACCAUCACUGUGGAUCCCAACUGUCCAGUACUAAAGGCAGCCGCAGUAACCUCAGCACAAGAGAUGCUUCUAUCUUGACGGAAAUGCCUGCACAGCCCGCCAAGCCCCUCAUCCCACCCAUGAACAGAAGAAACAUUCUCGUCAUGAAACACAACUACUCACAAGAUGCUGCAGAUGCCUGUGACAUCGAUGAAAUCGAGGAGGUGCCAACCACGAGUCACAGGCUGUCCAGACACGAUAAAGCCGUCCAGCGGUUCUGCCUCAUUGGGUCUCUAAGCAAACAUGAAUCUGAAUACAACACAACUAGGGUCUAAAAAGAAAAUUCAAGAGAAGAACUAUUUAUACAAACAUGGGGACUGUGAAAAGAAAAUUCUAUAGUGAAUUGUGAAAAGUGGACAUAUUUCUAAAUUCAUUCCACUGCCUUUAUCCAAACUUAAGAAUUACAGACAUUUGUUACUCCUUCGGCAAGACAUCCCCGCUGCACAAUGAUAUGUUCAUUUCGUAAUUUGGUUGCUGGCCACCAAGUGCUCCUUAGUUUUUAAAUACAUUUUGAGAUUUACUGGAAACUUGAAGAAGAAAUUAGUUCCUGAUUAAGACUAUCCCAACCUUAUUUUUAUUGUCAGUUUCACUUUUGUUUCUAUGUUGUUUAUGUCUUUGUUAUAUAAUUGUACAUUGUGUGAUAUGUGAAAAAAAACCAACUUUGGAUGAACCUUAUGUUACAUAUACAUUGUUUUCAUUAUAUAGACUGCUUGAGAAUAGUGCGUUCCUGAGUGAUUUUGAACAUGCUACAGUGAAAAGUGAAACUGUGGACCAUGGAAACACCAGCUAGAGGUUUUAUGGACUAUACACACCUAUUAUUUUAGUGUUAUUAUUAAACACAGUAAAAAGUAAUGAGUAAAAUUACUAGAUGGCAAUAAGAAAAAAAUCUCAUUUUCUUUGUCUUCCCUGUAUAACCAUGAUUUCCUUUUUAUGUUGCAUCAAAGGAUGAUACCGAGUUUCAGAAAUCAUUUUGAAAUAAGGUAUUUUACCAUUCAUACCCUACAAUAGACAUAUUUUUGAUUAGGCACUUAGCAAUAUGACUGAAUUGACAGUUUGAGAAAAUACCCUGCAUGUCAGUACUGGAUAUUUGAGUUGGGGAAAUAUCCUCUUUAUUAGACACAUUGUAAAAAGCAUGCAUUCUCAAAUACUGCUGUUACUCUUCCAUUUCUUUGUGUCAUAUGCUUGCUACUUGUAAUUUUUAUAUAAAGAUAUAUAAAAUGU